AUGGUACCCACGCGCCUCGCCGCACCGCCGACAUGCCUCUCCUGCCUGCGACGGCUCGUCCAGCCCACCCCGUCGGCGUUCGCGUCGCUGCGGCCCCUCGCGCAGCAGCAGACCCGGGGCGCCAAGAUGAGCAAGGCCGAGCAGGAAGACACGCAGGGCAUUCCCGUGCGCCUGCUACGCAACAUGCCCGGGUUCGGGGCUAAAGACACCAUAAUCCGCGUGACAGCCGGCCGCAUGCGCAACGAAUGGUUCCCGAAAGGGCAAGCCGAAUACAUGACGAAGCAGCGAUUCCAGGAGCUGCAGCUGACCGAAGCCGCCGUCGGCGUGCGCGACCGCACCUUCGGCUUUAGGUCGCUCGCCGACGAGUCAGAGGACGCGGACCAGGCCGCCUCGAAGAAGACGAAGAAGGUGGGCGAGAGGAAGAGCAGUGCGAAGGCGAAGGCGAAGGAGACCCUGGUCUUAACGCCCGAACAAUCCCUCACCCUCCUAAAAACACACAUCCCCAGCACCCUAACCUUCACGCGAAGACCCAUCCUCCAGCCCGUCGCCCCGCUAUCAAGCGAAAUCGCCGAGCCCGCGCCGAUACGUUCGCCGUCGCUGGCCCGGCACGCCGCGACCUCCAUCCAGCACGCCGCCGUCCCGGAGGCCGAGCCCGAGCCCGAGCCCUCGAAGCCGGCCCCCGUCGCCAUCUUCGGGUCCGUCUCCGCCUCGGACAUCCUCGCCGUCAUCAAGGAGCGGCUGCUGGAGUCGGACCCGGCGAUGGGGGGCCGCGUCGCGCUUGAGGCGGACGGCAUCGCGAUCGCGGGCCUGGAGAAGGGCGAGGACCGGAUCAAACACCUUGGCACUUUCGAGGUUUCGGUCUCGGUGUCGGCGGGGCAGAAGCCUAUUCAGCUUAAGGUCGAGGUGGUGGCUGAGGAGUAG